AUGCCUUCAGCGGCGACGCCCGUCGACCCCACGGCUGCAGGCAACGAGCUCGACGGCCAGACGCAGCUGCAGCUGCAGCCCGAACGCAUCCACGAGCUCAAGCACGACAGCUCCGUCCUCGCCCUCGCCGUCAACGACGAGUACAUCUUUGCCGGCACCCACGACGGCGAGAUUGUCGUCUGGUCAUUGGCCACCUUUGAGCUCGUCCAGCGCAUCCAGGCCCACAAGCGAAGCAUCCUCUGCCUCUUCCUCUCGUCUCCCGCCCCGCCCUCAAAACGAGCAUCGGCCUCUACCUCCACCUCGACCGACAAUGACAGUCAAUCGCUGCUGUUCUCCAGUGCUGGCGAUGCCAUUAUAUCGGUCUGGUGCCCAAAGACGUUCAAGAGGCUCUACGAGAUAUUCAGCACCCACGACGUCGGGGACAUCUUCUCGGUGGCAUAUUCCCGUCAGCAGGAGACUGUAUAUAUCGGCUCGCAGAAUACGGCGAUCCAGUGGAUAAACCUCACGGAUCCAAAGCGGAAAGCGCUACAUGACUCUGCACACCACCCCGAUCGUAGGUACCACAGGUUCUUCGACUCGAAAGCAGUAGGCGGGACCAGUACGCCCCGGAGACUGGAUGAGCGAUGGGCUUUGAUCCCGAAAGCCCAGACUGUCCUGGAAGUGGAUCCUGCAUCGUGCUACCAAUUCGCACACUACGGCUACGUAUACUGCAUGUUGAUGGCCAAGGGCCCAACCGUACACGUCGACAGUGACGAGGAAGUGCUAAUUAGCGGUGCUGGAGACGGCACCAUCAAGCUAUGGCGGCUGGGCACCACUCCUGUAGAGGAUGAAGAUGAUGACGACGAGCCCGGAAUCGAGGAAAUUAUGACACUCGGCACAGAUGAGGGUGAAUCAGUGCUUUCUUUGGCAAUUGAUGGAUCAUUCCUCUACAGUGGCAAGAUAGACGGCAUCAUAGAGCUGUGGGAUCUCGAUACAAAGCAGAAACUACGGGUGGUCAAGGCUCACGAAGGUGAUAUCAUGACUCUCCAGAUGCAAUGGGGCUAUCUCUGGAGUGCUUCAGCCACCGGUUCUGCUGCUAAACACAGCACUGUUCACUAUGGAACGGAUCAUCCCUCGUCUUCAGCCGAAACAGUCAGCCAGAAAUAUCAUUGCCUCUCUCGAUGGAAGGCACACGACGGCAAGAUUUUAGCAUCUGUUGUAACGGCCCAUCAUGGCGACCAGCUGUACAUCACUGGAGCUAAUGACGACUCAGUCGGUGUGUGGCGUGUAAAAGACAAAUCAACUACUGCCGAGGAGAUCUCGGAAGAGUCCGAGGACAUGAUGUUCACAUCUCUGCGUGAGUUUGUGUCAUACAAAACAGUGUCCUCGCGUCCCGAGUUUGGCGAGGACUGUCGGAGAGGUGCGAGCUUCCUCUGCAAUUUGUUCAAGCGGCUCGGUGCUCAAGUCGAAAUGCUCUCCACGGACAAGCACCACAAUCCUGUUGUUUGCGCCAAAUUCAGUGGCAAGCUUGAGCCGGCUGAGAAGCGCAAGCGAAUCCUUUUUUAUGGCCACUAUGAUGUCGUUUCCGCGGAGAUGAAGAAGGGAUCAAAGUGGCUCACAGAUCCCUUUCAGCUAAAAGGAACCAAUGGCUACCUAUAUGGACGAGGCGUAAGCGAUAACAAGGGCCCAAUCAUCGCGGCUCUCUACGCUGUCACUGAUUUAAUGCAAGCGAAACAGCUUGAGUCAGACAUCAUCUUCCUCAUUGAGGGUGAAGAGGAGUCUGGAAGCCGAGGUUUUCAAGACACGAUUCGUCAGAACAAGGCGCUUAUCGGUCAUAUCGACUAUGUUCUCCUGGCCAACAGCUACUGGCUGGAUGACGAUACACCUUGCCUUACUUAUGGCCUGCGUGGCGUUCUCCAUGCCACAGUCUGCGUUGACAGCAAUCACCCUGAUCUUCAUUCAGGAGUCGAUGGCAGCUACAUGAUGGCCGAGCCACUGUCUGACCUCACUGCGGUCCUUGCCAAAUUAAAAGGGCCCAAGAACAAGAUCAUGAUUCCCAAGUUCUACGACUCGAUUCUUCCGCUCACCCCGGCUGAAGAGGCACGAUAUAGCGACAUCACCUCCAUCCUCAUGCGACGAAACCCCGACAAUGGCCCCGCAGAUACUCUCAAGGCGAGCUUGUUGGCUCGCUGGCGAGAGCCUAAUCUCACAAUCCAUCGCUACAAAGUUAGUGGCCCCGAGGGAAGCCUUGUUAGCAGCCACGCGAGUGCAAAUAUUAGCUUGCGGCUGGUUCCGGGCCAGGAGGUCGACGAGGUCAUUGAGACGCUCCACUCAUUCCUCCAGGAUGAGUUUGCGCAGCUCGAGAGCAGCAAUCAACUCAGCAUAAAGAUCGACAACAAAGCCGAGCCUUGGCUGGGCGAUCCAGGCAAUGAAAUCUUCCGCACCCUCGAACAAGCCAUUAUCAAGGUGUGGAAUCUGGAUGGCGCAAAGGCCGGCAAGUCUGCGACGAACGACAGCGAGGUGAGGGGGAAGAAACCGCUUUAUAUCCGCGAAGGUGGCUCGAUCCCAUCAAUCAGAUUUCUAGAGAAGGAGUUCGGCGCCCCGGCCGCACACCUACCCUGCGGCCAGGCGACGGACUCGGCGCAUUUGGAGAACGAGCGGCUGAGGGUGCUCAACCUGCUGAAGAGCCGUGAGAUCUUCGGCGAGGUUUUCCGGAAACUGUAG